UACAACCCCAUUUCAUGGCUUAUCUAUACCUUUUUUUUAAAACCCUUUCUACUUACAUCUUUAAACACACACAAAAAUCUCCUAUACUAUCUAAUACGAUUAAAUACAAUAGAAUAUUGAGGUGAGAGAAGCAACGACUUCUUGGUCUAGCUUCCCAUCCUUUAUUUGGCCAUAAAAGAAUGCCAACGUCGCUCAGAUUCUUCUCUCACCAUUUGUCUUUUAAUAUAGUAUAAACAAUAAAAGAAAUAGCAAGAAAAAAGAAGAUUCUCCUCCCCUCUUCAUUCAAACAUAUAAAGUGAGAAUUUGUGUGUUUGAUGUGUGGGUCAUUUGAUUAGAUGGAUACUUUGUUUAGACUCGUUAGUCUCCAAUCGGAGCAAUCCAUUAAUUCAAGCCGAACCUCGAGUAGCUCACGAUCGCAGAACCCUUACCACCAAGAGGAGGAAUGCCUCAACUAUUUCAUGGAUGAAGAAGACUUCUCUUCGUCUUCUUCCUCCAAACACUACCACCACCAUCUGCAGGUUUCUAACACACCCCCUACCACCACCCCGACCCACCAUGCCUACGACCAAUCCUCCUACUCCACGGCGGCGCCGCACGACGUGAGCAUGGAAUUCCCAGCCGCAUUCUCCGGCCAGAACAAGUGGGCCUCCGAGAUCCUUCUAGAAACAGCUAGAGCCAUCGCCGACAAAAACACCGGGCGCCUCCAGCAGCUGAUGUGGAUGCUCAAUGAGAUGAGCUCGCCCUACGGCGACGUCGAUCAGAAGCUCGCGGCCUACUUCCUCCAAGCAUUGUUCAGCCGCAUGACCGAUUCCGGCGAGCAGAACCGCCGGAAUCUAAUCUCGGCGUCGGAGAAGGCCGCGUCCUUCGACGCCACGAGGGAGACGGUGCUGAAAUUCCAAGAGGUUAGCCCGUGGACCACGUUCGGCCACGUGGCCUGCAACGGCGCGAUCAUGGAGGCCGUCGAAGGCGAGAGCAGGAUCCACAUCAUCGACUUCAGCAACACCUACUGCACGCAGUGGCCCACGCUGCUUGAGGCCAUCGCCACGCGCAGCAGCGACGAGACCCCGUACCUGCGCCUCACCGCCGUCGUCGGCGGCAGGGGCGACGGUGCCACUGCCGGCGCCACCGCCGUGCAGCGGGUCAUGCGUGAGAUCGGGAGCAGGAUGGAGAAAUUUGCGCGCCUCAUGGGCGUGCCUUUCAAGCUCAACGUCAUCCACCAUGCCGGCGAUCUGUCGGAGCUCAACCUCGCCGCGCUCGACAUUAAAGAAGGCGAAGCUCUCGCGAUCAAUUGCGUCGGAUCGCUGCGAUCGGUGCGGGCCACGGGGGGUAAUCGGGAUCAAUUGAUCUCGAAUUUUGGGAAAUUGCGGCCGAGGAUCGUUACAAUUGUGGAGGAAGAAGCCGAUUUGAACGUCGGCGAUGAUGGAUUCGAAUUCGUGAGGGGUUUUCAGGAGUGUCUGAGGUGGUUUAGGGUUUACUUCGAGGCGUUGGAGGAGAGCUUCCCGAGGGCGAGCAACGAGCGUCUCGUGCUGGAGAGGGCGGCGGGGCGCGCCGUCGUGGACCUGGUGGCGUGCCCGCCGCACGAGUCGGUGGAGAGGCGGGACACGGCGGCGAGGUGGUCUCAGCGCAUGCAUGGCGGCGGGUUCAGGGCGUGGUCGUUCAGUGAGGAGGUGAGCGACGACGUGCGGUCUUUGCUAAGGAGGUAUAAGGAGGGGUGGACGAUGGCGCAGGGCGCGAAUUCCGCCGGAAUAUUCCUUUCGUGGAGGGAGCAGCCGGUGGUGUGGGCUAGUGCGUGGAAACCCUCGUGAUCGGAACUCCGCUGUGUGUAGUAGGGCUGUGCAUGGGUGUGGUGUGGGAAAUGUUUAAUGAGUUUGAUCAUAUUUGUCCACAAAAAUAUAUUUUUCUCUUUUUUUUUUUUAAUCUUUGCUUUUAGGUUUUUGUUCUUUUCCAAUUUCUGGAUUGGUUUUGAUCAAUUGAAUUGAUUGUCAUUAA